AUGUUGGGCCAGGUGAACAGGACAGACGAGGUGUCCACGAGUGGCAGGUCAGAGGAAGCGCAGCAGCAGUCAGUGCAGAUAUACAGCAGUACCAGGUCCAACGGCAGCGGCCAGUCCAAGUGGAGUGAGAGCCAGAGGAGGCCUGACAGCCAGCCGAAAAGGAACCGAAAGCCUCCUCGCAAUGUGCAACGGCGACAGGUCCCCAGCAAUGCACGCAGAGUGGAAGACCUGGCAUCGGUGCUCGGAGAUGCAGACACUUGGGAUGCAGCUGCAUUGGUGUCGGGCCUGCUUCAGCUGGUCAGCAUCCUGCGAGGCACGCGCAGCUCAGCGGAGAAGACUCAGCAGCUGCAGCAGCCGAUCGUUUCUGUUCUCAUGCGCAGAGUUGUGGACCUGGCACCAACCGCAAGUCAUGCGGGCGUUGUCAUCAUGAUGGAAGCUCUGGCGGAGGUCGACAGCUGCAGCGCUGAUGCUAGGUGUUUAGAGAGCUUGCUCUUCACUGCCGAGGAAUUUUCCACCCGCCUCGCCCAGGGCCAACCCUUCCAGCCAUCUGAUCUCUGCAGGGCAGUGGCAGCCAUCAGCUUGUCAAAGGCACUCCAAAAAGAGUGCAAAGGCCUCAUCAGCACCAUCACACAAAUGCUGGAACCGCAGCUGGAUCACUGCAGGCCGGAGGAUCUGAGCACGCUAGCGGCGGAGCUGUGCAAUCUGGGGGUGUAUGUGCAGCAUGCACCCCUGGUGCGCAGGGCGGUCCAGCUGGCGCUGGAGGGUGCUAGCGCCAUGUCAGCGCGCCACCUGGCAAGCCUUGCACAGGCCUGCGGUGUGCUGGGAAAUGUGCCAAAGCCCCACAUGCUGGUGUUGGCAGCUUAUCUGGAGCGUGCAGCGCCGCAGCUGAGGCCGCGCACGCUGGUCAUUGUGCUGCAAGCUUUCGCGCAGUACAACCUCGACGUGCCUGAGUUGGCUGCGGCCCUCGCUGACACAGCGGAGAGGCAGCUGCACACUCUGACGCCCAUGCGUCUGUCUAUGGCGCUAUUUGCAUUUGCCAAGAUGAACCUUGUUCCGCGGCCCAGCUUUGCUCAGUGCAUGGUCCGGGAGACGGAGAGGAGGCUUGACCAAUUUGAUGCCAGGUCGUUCUCCAGCCUGCUGUGGGCAUUCAGCAGAAUGGGCGUCGUCCCGCCUGCCGCCUACCUGGACAGGGCAUCCGAGGUCAUGGAACGCCGUGAGAGGGACAGCCUGCAGAGGCAUGGAGACAGAAAGGCGCGGUUGACGCCGCGCAACCUGUCCACGAUUGUCUGGGCGCUUGGCAGCUUUGGCUAUGCGCCGUCGCGCAUGCACAUCCUGAUGGAUCUGGCAGAGGAGCGCCUAGAGCAGUGCAACGCGCAGGACCUCUCCAACAUCCUGUGCGGGCUGGCCGCCUGCGAGCGGCCGGAUCUGGCAAAGCCCUCGCUGCUCGCCAGCGCCGAAUUGCAUGCCUGCUCCAUGAUGACUGCCUUCUCCCCCCAGGGGGUGAGCAACGUCCUGUGGGCGUUUGCAAAGCUGGAGGCACGUGUGCCAACAUUGCUGGAGGCGGCGGGGGCAGAGGUGGUGCGGCGGGCGGAAGAGUUCAGUGCACGCGACAUGGCAGAGGUGCUCUGGGCAUUCGCCAAGCUCGGCCAUAACGGGUCGCCCGAUGCAGUGGAGGCGCUGAUCGCGCGCAUGGAAUACAUACUCCGCUCAGGAGGGCCGUGGGUUCUGCGCGAUCUGGCGUCGAUGGUGUGGUCGCUGGCGGUUUUGGAGCAGCCGGCGCCCGGCUUCCUGGAAGCUGCGCGGCAGGUGGUGCAGCCGCGCCUCGGGACGGCCACCGGCAGGGACCUCACCGAUCUGCUCUGGGGCUUUGCUAAACUUGGCGUGCCCACUCCAGCCGCCUUCCUUGAACUCUGCACGGCGCGGGUGGGCGAGUUGAGCGGCUUGCUGGCGCCGCGGGAGCUUUCAACGCUGCUGUGGGCGUACGGCAAAUUGCAGGCCUAUCCCGGCGUGGAAAUCAUGGAAACUCUUGUCAUGCGUGCUCGGCUGUCCCUAGACAAGCACGCCCCCCACGGCAUUUCAACGAUUGCAUGGGCGUGUGCUGCGCUGCUGCACCAUCCAGGAGAGCUGUUGGACGCCAUUGCGGCUGACGUGGCACGCCGGCCCAGUGACUACGGCAAGCCUGACUGGACCAACGUCAUCUGGGCCUUCACGCGCCUCGGGCGGUCCCCGGGACGCCUCUACGCCCUGCUCGCGGACGAGAUUGAGGAGGGGCGCAUAGCGGUGGAUCCCAAACUAAUGUCGACCAUCAUCUGGAGCCUGGCCAUCUUCCAAUCGUUCGAGUCCCCCCUGUACGACGGAGUCAUUCGCAGCCUCAAGGACUGGGACCUCUCCUGCUUCGACGCUGAGUGCCUGAGGCGCCUCUACCAGGCGCACCUGAUGGCAAGCGCGCUGCGGCGGCCGGCAAGCGCGCAGCUGCCGGAGGCGUUCCAGGCCGCAGCGCGCGCAGCGUGGGCGGCCAGCGGCGCGGCCGGAGAUGGCGGCAGCGGCAGCGAGCGGCCGGGAAUGCUGGCGGACGUCUCUGACUCUCUGGCGCGGCUCGGCCUCGCCAACAGCCGCGGCGCGCCGGCCGGCGGCGGCGUGCUCAAAAUGGACAUCUGCCUGAAGCUGCGAGACCGCUGCGGCCGCAAGGUGGCUGUGGAGAUUCUGACGCCGCACAAAAUGACGCGCAACACGCACCAGCCGGUGAGUCGGGUGCUGUACAGGAAUGCAUGCCUACGGGCGUGGGGCUACGCAAUCAUUUCCGUCCCCUGGCACGAGUGGGUCGCACUGUGCGGAUCUGACAAGUCUCGCCGCGCCCAGAGUGCUAAAGAGGACUUCCUGCUGCGGCUGCUGGCGCCUGUCUUGCCUGAUGCUGCGGCGGCCAAAGACAGCGACAAGGUGUGCGAGUUGGAUGAGGGUGUGAUAUUUGCAAAGAGCCAGCUGUAG